AUGGAGGACAGCAGUGGAGUUUCCAUCCUGGUCCCCCACUCUAGAGGCCAACAGGAGACUGUCUUCAUCCCUGAAAGGGUGGAAACGCCCCCAGGUACCCUGAUUGGGCCUGGGGAUGACGACCAGAGGCAGCAGCAGAAACAGGCCGCAGACUCCCUCAUCGAGGUGAUCGAGAAGCUCAGCAAGAUCGUGGAGAAGCGCCCACGUCGAUGCACCCUGGCUGGGAAGAAGAGGGCUCUCAUGUCCUGUGCCUCCAUCAGAGUCCCAGAGAUCAGGGAGGGCAGUGGUGGGUCCUCCCCCUGCAAGAGAGCCCGGGAGUUGAAGGAAGAGGUGAAAGAGGAGGAGAUCCAGCCAGUCAACAGUGCCCCUGCUGGCAGCAGUAGGACCAUCACCUGUUACCAGUGCAGCCUGUGUCGGUUCCUGUCCCCGACCUUGAGCCUGCUGAAGGAGCACCUGCGGCAGCACGAUGAGCAGCACAGUGACCUCAUCCUUAUGUGUUCUGAGUGUCGCUUCACCUCCAGCCACCAGGAGGAGCUAGAGGCCCACGUCAGGCUCCACUUUGAGGGCAGCAACUCUAACAAGAAUCCUGUAUCCAGCCAGCAGGCCAGCGAGAGGAAUGAGGGGUUAGGGAUGGGGGGUAGUGUGGAGGAGGCUGUGUUCAAAACAGCCAUGGACUGUGCUGAGGAGAUCCCUGCUAAGAAGAAGUGGUACAGCUAUGAGGAGUAUGGGAUGUACCGCUGCUUGAUUUGCAGCUAUGUGUGUGGACAGCAGCGAAUGCUAAAGACCCAUGCAUGGAAGCACGCAGGUCUGGUGGACUGUUCUUACCCUAUCUUUGAGGACGAGGCAGUGGCACCUUCCAGACAAGAAGCACCAGCACCUCCUGUGGUUCCUCCUGCAGAGGAAGCCAUAGUGGUCCUCACCCCGGUACCAGAGAAAUCCCAGAACCUCAACAAGAUGUCCACCUUCCAGAUCGAGCUCUGUGCCCCUGUGGCGGAGUGUGGGAAUGAGGCCAUGACAGAAGCAAUCACAGAGGAGAGCCCAGUGGAGGGGCCGUAUCCCUCUAAAGACCCUGUCACUGAGGAGCCAAUGUUGGAGGUACAGGUGACCACAGAGACGGAGGUUGGAACUUCUGCAGGACUGUCGUCAAAUUACCAGCACAACAGACAGCCUCCUGUCGUCAGCCCAGAAGAUCAUCAGCUGCAGCCCCAACAGUGCCGGCCAUAUCAACGUCAUAGUGGAGCGACUGCCCUGCGCAGAGGAACCUGUGGCCACCCAGCCCCUCCCCCUCCUCCCCAGCCCAGAGGUGGGCAGAGACAAGAGCCUGCUGGCUGCAGAGGAGGCGAGCCAUGUGGAGAACCAGCCAAUGUUUGCUUACAAGGAGGGGCAGCAGGAGGUGGUGAUUGGCUGGAGCAACAGUGAGAGGCAGCAGACCAACACUGACCCUCCACGUGACGAGAACGCUCCCCCAGCCCGCAGAAGGACCCACUCUGAGUCUCUGAGGCUGCACUCCCUGGCUGCUGAAGCCCUGGUGGCCAUGCCCAUGAGGACCAUGGAGCACAUCAGGAGCAUCGUGGGCCAGUGCUCCCAGAGCCCUGACACGGGCCAGAAGCUCCUGGAGAUGGCCACAGCUGUAGCAGUAGCAACCGACAGAGCCCCUGCAGCGGUAGAGGAGCUGGCUGGCAUGGGUAGCGUUGGGGCAGCCCUGGUAGACCUGGAACUGCAGGGGUCCAGAGAGGACGGGCUGGCCGAGGGCCCCGCCAAGGCUGGCAUCAGCCUGUCCCUGCUGACGGUCAUAGAGAGGCUGAAGGAGCGCUCGGACCAGAACGCCUCGGACGAGGACAUCCUGAAGGAGCUCCAGGACAACGCCCAGAGCCAGCACGUUGGGGGGGUCAGCGGCUGUGUAUGGGGGGGACCCAGGUAACCCUGGUGGAGGUCUGGUGGACUACAUCCCUGGCAGCGAGAGGCCCUACCGCUGUCGCCUGUGUCGCUACAGCAGCGGGAAUAAGAGCUACAUCAAGCAGCACCUGCGAGUACACCGCCAAAGACAGCCCUACCAGUGUCCCAUCUGUGAACACAUUGCCCCAGACAGCAAAGAUCUAGAGAGCCAUAUGAUCAACCACUGCAAGACCAGGAUGUACCACUGCAAGCAGUGUACUGACGCCUUCUAUUACAAAGUGAGUAGAAGGACUGGAGAGAGAGAAAUUAGGACAGACUAUGUGCCUCAAUGUCCCUGGGCAGAAAUGUAUUAUUGAAGCGGCUCCUUCUCUAGGACAGAAUAUUGCUCUAGAGGUUUUGUUUCUCGAUGACCCAAAUUACAGUCAUAAAGAUAAGAUGAAUUGAUUGUAGAAGUGAGAGUUGAGAUGGAAGUUUGUCUGCAGCAUAGUGCUGGUUGGUGCAGUGCAGUAGGGGAAGUUUAGUUUGAUUCAGGGAGUAGAGAACUAGCCUAUUGAUUUCAUUACUUUCAUGAGACACCUCGCCCGUUUCUGCAGACAUUAAGUCCAUCAUAACAUUCUGUGGGGUUUCGGACUCCAGAGAUAAUUUUGGAGAGGUGAGGGUAGCCUGUGUGCUUUUUCCAGCCCCAGAAGAUCUAUUUUAAGUUAAGUUUCUACUGUUGGUGGUUUUAUUACUGACCCUUUCCACAGAGUCAGCUGAGGAACCACGAGAGAGACCAGCACGGUUUGGGCGACGCCAACGCAACACUAACCCCUGUCACUGAAACCACGGCAACCAUGGAGGAAUCUGAAAAGAUGACAGAUGAUGGUGAGAAAUGUGUUAAAUGUAUUUUUCAAUGGAAAGAAGGGGAGGGCUCUCAACCAACGUGAGAUGCAACCCAAAAAUGUUUUAUUAAUUGAAAAGUAACAAGGGCAACGCUCGCUCACCAUUAAAAAUGUAUUUUAUUUAAGCAACUGUUAUAAGCUUGACGUUUCGGCCUUCAUCAAUGGCCUUCAUCAGAACAGUCAAGCCUUGAAUAAAAAAGCUUGAAUAAAAUGUUUUUAAUGGUGAGCGUUGCGCUAAGUGUAUUUUUCAACUUGACCAAACAUGAUCAGUCUUUUUACUCUAAAUCAAAUACUGUUUCUCACCUAUUAUCCUCUCCACUACCCAUUUUGAUAUUAUUUAUUUUAUUGCCACCUCAUCUUUUGUCCACGAUAUUUCAUGAGUGUACUUUUGUUCUGCUCUCCAGACUCCAUCAGUUCGCAGAAGGUGUACAAAUGUGAUGUGUGUGAUUACACCAGCUCCACGUACGUUGGUGUUCGGAACCACCGGAGGAUCCAUAACUCUGACAAGCCUUACAGGUUGGUGCUGUGUGUCUACCGUCUGUGUGUUUUAUCAUGUCGAUAGGAUUCAUCAUGAUUGCAAUUUGGAUUCCUUAGGACUUGACAUUCAGGUAAAUUUGCCAGUGGCACUCCAGGCCAGUGCCAACUCAAAGCUACUGGCCUGAAUUGAAAGAAAAUACUGUCCUGGGCCAAGAUCUCACAGGAUAGUGGAUGAUGCAUGCAUAAUUGCAAUAUCAGGUGAUUUUAUCAUUAAUUUGUGGGAUGCGCAAGCUAGCCUAUAAUAACCUAACCUAUCUCAAAAAGGGUGUUAUUGUUAGCAAGUCAGCAGGCUACAGUUGUAGGGCCCUAUAAAAUCAGUUUAAUAAUUUGCUUAAUUCCGUUUUAGUUUUUCCGGGUUUCCGAAUUUGUUCAGGUUUUAACUCUCAAUCACUUUUUUUUAUAGAAAAAAACAACAAUUGGAUGUUCUAAUUCCACCACAAUGCUUAAACCACAUCAGUAGACAAUUCUUUAGGUGUGGUAAAUAUUUUGGGGAGGUUGUAGUUGCCCUUUUAUUCAAUUGUGCACCUAGCAAGAGACCUUAGUGGUGUUUCUAUGCUGUACAAUGUAGGCCUACAGUGUAGCCUACAUGUGAUGGCAGAGUUUGCAAAACAAAUGAAUUGAUAGUAAUCAUCAUGAUAUCGUUCUGCCAGGCAGGCCUACUUUGCAGUCACCAUUUAAUUGGGAAGGUUUGUUUGUUUGUUUUUUCAUUCAAACAUCCCAUGAUGACUGAUUUGCGCAUCGCAAAGAUUCAACCAAGACUUCGGACCUUGUUUGCGGUACAUUGUUGCCUUAGUUAGCAUUCACAGGUAGAUAUAAGUUGAAACGUCUUUCCUACCUACCCACCCUAUUGUCUACCGGUGUUGUUCUCCUGUGAGGUGCUCCACGUGACAACCCAGUUGAGAGCUGCGUGCUGUUGCUGCCCAACAGAUGAUACCGCUCAAACUAGGCUAGGUUCAUUUUAGUAAUCCAGAUAUUCACCUCUUUCCAUGUUACCGAUGACAUAAUCCUAUUGCUCACUCAAAACCAUUAAUAAAAUAGAAUGUACAUGUUAUGAUACAGAUCUCCAGCAGGGGGCAGUGAGUGUUAGGUAAAGGUCAACCUUGGAGUCUACAGCUGGAGUAUUUCUCACACUGCAGCACCCGUGUAAGCGGAUCUGCCCUGUUCUGUGUGUACACACAUUCUCGAGGCGGCGUCAGAUGUCUGCGUGGGGGAUCUUAUUCUCUAAGGCCACACACACACAUCGUUUGUUUUGAUGUUUUCCCACUAUAGACCCUCAAUAGAGCCCUUUCAUGCAGGGGAGUGUAGUCUUUCUACCCUUAUGCUUUGGUAUCCUUGACUCACUUCAAACCGCUCCACAGAGAAGCACAUGCCUUUUAACCAAGGCCAUCUUAUCCAUUUGAGCCACACAGUGUCUCGCAUCUCUGAACAUUGUGCUGGCAGCUACACUUUGAGCUUAGCCACGCAACAAAAUAGCCGUCAAGACAACAAUGUGGCCCUCCAGGCUUUUCCUGCUCUACCAGCCGAAACAACAGAAUAGUAAACAGAGCAUAAAGAGCCAAGCGCAACAUAAACUGUCAAACAACUAGGCCUGUACAGAGAUGUUCCCUCUAACUCUGGCCCACUCUCUGGUACUGUAGGUGCUGCAGCUGUGACUUUGCCACGACCAACAUGAACAGCCUGAAGAGCCACAUGAGGAGACAUCCUCAGGAGCACCAGGCUGUCCAGCUACUGGAGCAGUACAGGUGAGGACCAGCUCAGGGGUUAGAGGUCAGGGUUCAGCUAUUGGAGCAGUACAGGUGAGGACCAGCUCAGGGGUUAGAGGUCAGGGUUCAGCUACUGGAGCAGUACAGGUGAGGACCAGCUCAGGGGUUAGAGGUCAGGGUUCAGCUAUUGGAGCAGUACAGGUGAGGACCAGCUCAGGGGUUAGAGGUCAGGGUUCAGCUAUUGGAGCAGUACAGGUGAGGACCAGCUCAGGGGUUAGAGGUCAGGGUUCAGCUACUGGAGCAGUACAGGUGAGGACCAGCUCAGGGGUUAGAGGUCAGGGUUCAGCUACUGGAGCAGUACAGGUGAGGACCAGCUCAGGGGUUAGAGGUCAGGGUUCAGCUACUGGAGCAGUACAGGUGAGGACCAACUCAGGGGUUAGAGGUCAGGGUUCAGCUACUGGAGCAGUACAGGUGAGGACCAGCUCAGGGGAUAGAGGUCAGGGUUCAUCUACUGGAGCAGUACAGGUGAGGACCAGCUCAGGGGUUAGAGGUCAGGGUUCAGCUACUGGAGCAGUACAGGUGAGGACCAGCUCAGGGGUUAGAAGUCAGGGUUCAGCUUCUGGAGCAGUACAGGUGAGGACCAGCUCGGGUUCGGGUUCAGAGAGGGGAGACCUGGGCUGGGGAGUGGGAGAGGUAGAGAAAGUAGGCCUAUGCUCUUCCAAAGAGUGUGGGGAUGGAGGAAACAACUGAAGUGUAAGAAGAACCCAUAUCAUCGAAAGAACUCCUAAUGAACUCUCCUUUUAGUGUAGAUAUGGAGGAUGUCUGGGUAUACAGAGUUGGCUGGAGCAUAAUAUAGAGCAUUACAGAUAAGCAGUAUCAGAGCAUGUGUGCCACUAGGUCUCUCCCUGAGGAGUCUUUAGUGGAGCUGAUCCCUUUUGAUAUAAUGGAGUUGAGGGGAUUAAAGGGAACCCCAACCAGCAUAUUAAAUCAGCUGCUUCUGCUACAGAGACUUGAUCCCUUUCUUUUCUCUUCCUCUCCCUCCCUCUUUCCCCCUCUCACUUACUCCUUUCGUUUUCAGGUGUUCACUGUGUGGCUAUGUGUGCAGUCACCCUCCGUCCCUUAAGUCUCACAUGUGGAAGCACGCUGGCGAUCAGAACUACAACUACGAGCAGGUGAACAAGGCCAUCAACGAGGCCAUCUCCCAGAGCAGCCGGUGAGUAUGGGGGUGAUGGGGGUUGGAGUUUUAACGGUCUACCUUUACCAUCUGAAAAGCUUCUAGUCAGACUGAAGCCUAUGUUUGGGUCCCAGUGAACAGUGAUGUGUAGGGUCAUAUCUCUGUCUUGAUGGUGAGCCUGCUCUCUCUCUCUCCCUGGCUGUAGUUCCCCCAGUGCCCCUCAGAAGGUUUCAGCAGUGGGGGAGGCAGUGGCAGAGCAGUCUGGUGUGGUGCAGGGUGGGAAGGAGAAGGAGAGGGUCUCGGUGGACCCAGCCCCUCUAGCAUGGGUCCCUGUGGACAGUGUGGGAGGUGGUGGCGGCUCAGGGUCAUCAACAGAGCUCAUCCAGUGGUCCUCCAGAGAGCAGGCCCCCCAGCGCGACACCCCCCAGCACAGCCCCCCAGGGAAGGAGGGGGUUCAGUCCCGGGCCGGCAUGGAGUAUUGUGUACUGCUGUUCUGUUGCUGUAUAUGUGGCUUUGAGUCUACCAGCAAGGAGAGACUGAUGGAGCACAUGAAGGAACAUGAGGGAGACAUCAUCAGCAUCAUCCUGAACAAGGAGCAGCAGCAGCAGGGAGCAGCCCAACCAGCAGAGGGCAGCACAGCACAGUGA